AUGUCUCUCGGCAAGAAGGUCACUCUCAACACUGGUCACCAGAUCCCCCAGCUGGGCUUCGGCACCUGGCAAUCCGCCCCCGGACAGGUCGGCGAGGCUGUCUACGAGGCCUUGAAGGCUGGUUACCGCCACCUUGACUUGGCAACCAUCUACCAGAACCAGCGUGAGGUCGCCGAGGGCAUCAAGCGUGCUUACAAGGAUGUUCCCGGUCUGAAGCGUGAGGACCUCUUCAUCCACCGCCCCGAGGUUGUCGAGGCCUCCCUCGAUGCCUGUCUCGCUGAGCUCGAGCUGGAAUACCUUGAUCUCUACCUUGUUCACUGGCCCGUUGCCUUCCAGAAGGGCGAGUCAUACUUCCCCCUCGUUGCCGACAGCAAGGUCGAGGGCGGCGAUGUCGUUAUCGACGAUGGUGUCUCCAUCGUUGACACCUGGAAGGCCAUGACCCAGCUCCCCAAGAGCAAGGCCCGCUCCGUCGGUGUCUCCAACCACAAGAUUGAGCACCUCGAGGCCCUUAUCAACGGCACCGGUGUCGUCCCUGCCGCCAACCAGAUCGAGCGCCACCCCGUGCUCCAGAGCAACGACCUCAUCGAGUACUGCCAGAAGAAGGGCAUCCACGUCACCGCAUACUCCGCUUUCGGUAACAACAUGCUCAACAUUCCCCUCCUGAUCACCCGUCCUGAGGUUAAGGAAGUCGCCGAGUCUGUUGCCAAGCGCACCGGACAGGAGGUUUCCCCCGCUCACGUCAUCCUCGCCUGGUCCCAGGUUGGUGGACACAGUGUUAUCCCCAAGUCUGUCACUCCCUCGCGUAUUCGUGACAACUUCAAGGAGAUCGAGCUCACUGCCGAGGAGAUCGCCAAGGUCAGCACUCUCGGUCAGAACCGCCAGCGCUACAACACUCCUUACACUGCCAACAAGCCUCGCUGGAACAUCAACAUCUUCGAUGAGCCCGAGGAGAAGCCUGCUGGCCACAAGGUUAUUGUUUAA